UAAACCUUCUCCAUCGUGGUAUAAGCUUUUUCGGUGGGUCCUGAGAGAACUUCAAUGGCUGAAGUGUAUAUUAUUGGCGAAAUAACUAGCGCUAAAGAUUUUCCGAUUCAAAGCCUCUUUUGCAAGUGGAACUUACAUUGCGGAUCAAACUGGAAGCUGAUAUCAGGAAAAGCGGAGGGUCAAACGCAGGUGACAAGCUCUUUGUUUGAAAACACCUGCCGUUGGACAUUUCCGAUCGACGUGCAUUUAGUCACCACUGGAUUGCAAGGUUGGCCGAAGAUCUACAUUCAAGUUUAUCACUUGGACUGGCUUGGGAGGUGUCACCUAUUCGGCUACGGCUUCGUUACCAUUCCAACCACCACAGGAAGUCACAUUUUGCACUGCUAUACUUGGCGUCCGUUUGGCAAUAUCAAAGAACGCUUUGUGCAGUACUUUCUCGGUGGAGGACCUCAACUGAAAUAUCCAGAUUUAAUUUUUUCUACAAAUGAUCGGUAUAAAUUGAACACCGAAGCGAUGGGCGUAGUGACUUUCGAUUUGAACGUAGUCUUCAGAAAUUUUCACAAGUUUGGGAUUGAAUACAAGUGA